CUGUAUCUGUGAUCAUUUCUCAUUUAUAUGAACUUGAUCUUUUUGUAGUCUAUUUACAGUUAAAGUGCUCUUUCUAGCAGCAUUAUGCACUCUACUUUAUUAACGAAAACUUCGACGGCUGAAGGAUCUAUGGAGGGAAAUUAUAUACGGACAAAGACAAAGUUACCGAAGAUGUCUCAAAUACGCUGAAAGCUAAGCCACCCUACAGCUACGUUGCCUUGAUAGCAAUGGCCAUACAGAACUCAACAAUGAAGAGAGCCACAUUAAAUGAAAUAUACAAUUUUAUUGCUUUAAAGUUCCCAUACUUUGAGCAAAAUAAAAAGGGUUGGCAAAACUCGAUUCGUCAUAAUCUGAGUUUAAAUGAAUGCUUCAUCAAAGUGCCAAGAGAGGGAGCGGGCGAUAGAAAGGGGAAUUAUUGGACCCUCGAUGUACAUUACGAGGAUAUGUUCGAGAACGGCAAUUACCGAAGAAGGCGGCGAAUGAAACGGCCAUAUCGCAAUAUCAGUCAGUUUUCUGGUUCGCACUCUUUAACCGAUACAUUCAAGUCAAAAUCAACAACAACAACAUUGCAUCAAAUACCGAGUCAAGCCAUUUACCAGUACAAUUCCAGCUCCCAAUGGAUGGCUACACAAACAUCUCAUAUUAAUGGGUACACUUCUAGAAUGAAUAACUCCAAAAACUGCAUGAUGUAUUCACAACAAUCGAAUUUGGGAGCUGGCAACAAUUAUGGCAAUAAAGUUAACUUGGAUUUUAUGCACGAAAAUAUCCCUAUUGAUUGCUCCAAAAUAUUUGAUGGUCAUGCAGUUGCUUCUUGGGAAGCAGAAGCGUAUUAUCAAUCAAUCAAAAGAGAGGGUCCAUUUGAGUUAUCCACAAGUAUAACCAACUACCAAAACUCAUAUUUAUCACAACAAUAAUUAUUGUUUAUAUAAUAAACUGCAUUUCUUGUGUCAUCACCUAACUUAAGAAUAAUUUUAGUAUAAACGCUUUUAAUAAAAUACGCAUUAAUAAAAUACGCCAUUUUACUACA